UAACGCAAAAGAGUUCGAUAGUGUUAAACACAAAGUUCCCCUUUUUAAAUCAGCAUUUGGUUAUGCCAGUGAUCUAGUAAAUUGUGAUUGGUGUUUUGAAGUAAACCGUUUAAAUAGUAAAAUUAGACGAGUAAAUUUUAAAGUAAUAUUUAUCAUGUUAAUAAAGUAUACCGUUAUGCAUCGGGAUCGCGAUGCUAAAAAGCUACAGCACAAGGAUCAUCAUCAAUCUAUGAUCAUUACCAAAGUGAUCAUUGUGGAUCUCAUGGCUAGAUUCAAAAGAUAUCGCUAUAAAAUCAUUGUUGCUCUACUUGUUAUAAUAAUCUUAUUUUACUUGUAUUCUCAAAAAGAGUAUGGAAGUGAACUGAUGAGCCAACAAGAGUUCAAACAGCCUAUGGACAGGCUGUCAGAGCAACUACUGUUUCAAAGACAAAAUAAAAACCUACAUUCCAACAACACAACUAAUGAUAGAUUUCUUCAGGGAGCAGCAGGAUACUGCAACUUUCCAAACCCUGCAUCAAUCAAAGAAGGCAGUCAUCAUUUGGAUACUCAGGGGUACAAACUACAACUGGCUCUGAUGAUGAUCAGACAUGGUGAUAGAACGCCUAUACACACCCUAGCAAACAGACCAAACCCGAGAAUCAGUUGUAAAUUUUCAAAGAAUGAGAAACAAACACAUUGGAUUGUUGAUAAAUUCAUCACCAGAAUGCAAAAUGCGGAUAAAGAUGGCAGUUUUGAAUCCAUGCAACGUUACCCUAAUCAGCCAUAUUGCCGGCAAUCAUAUUUAACACCUCAAGGAGCUGUGCAGGAGUUGUUGAAUGGUUUACAAGCAAAACAUAAGUACAUUGAUGGAUUGGAUUUGUUUCAACAAGAUUUCAGUGAAAGAAAAGUGCUCGUGAAGAGCACAGUGUACCCAAGAACAUACCAGAGUGCAAAUGCCUUUAUGUUUGGAUUUUUGUCAGAUUAUGACACUCGAUUGAAAAUUUAUAAAGCUAAAACAGAUUUCUGUUCAGAGAAAGACUCAGGAUUAAGUUGUCAUUGUCCAGGCUUGGAAAAGUACAGUGAACCACUGAAGAAUAUGAGAAAAAUGAGCAAACCUCUUCUACAAACCAUUGCGAACUUCAAACGAAAAAUGAGCAGGAUCCUCAGCGUAGAUGUUAAAGAGAUAAGGUCACUUACACAUGUGUUUGAUUCACUGAUGGUGCGAGUUUGCCAUGAUGUUCCUUUACCAUGUAAUAAAGCUAGAGACUCUUGUGUAGACAGAACAAUAGUGGAUACCCUGUGGGGUUUAGUUGGAGAUGACUUACUGCAUCAUUAUCUGUAUAACGAAAAUCACUUAAAAACUCAGCAUUUAAAGUUUCAUCCAUUGUUAGUAGAAAUGUAUGCAAGGAUGAAAAAUAUCACCAAAAGAAGUUCUUCUACUAAAUUUGUAUUAUACUCUGGGCAUGAUAUAACAUUGACUCCAUUUCUAAUGUUGUUAGGUAUAUAUGAUGGCAAAUGGCCUCCUUAUGCUUCAACAUUAGCACUGGAACUAUAUAGCAAGGAGGAGGGAUCAAAACUUCACUAUUUCUUAAAAGUUAUUUACAAUGGCGUGGAUAGAACAAGAGAAUUGAAGUUUUGUAGAGGGCUAGACAUGUGCAAGUUUAAAUAUUUUGAACAGUUUAUUAAUACCCAUCUUGAAAAUAUGGGACUUGAUGACUAUGACUCGGAAUGUCUUUCUUCUUGACAUCAGUCUUUUUACUAGAAUGUCUUUCUCAUAACCAUUUCACCUCGUUAAUCGUGUUUAAUUAAAUGACAGAAUUGUACAUGCAUUACAAACCUUCAAAUAUGAAACACUUAAUAAAAUGCUUUAUAACUGCAUUUAUAUGGUAAUUAUCAUUGACUAUUCACUGUAUUAUCCAGUAAGCAUAUUUUGCCCCAAAAAGUAAUGCUAUUUAAUCAAUAUUAUAACUUGUAUGCUGAAGUAAAAGUUCAUUUAGUAAAAUUUGAUUGUCAGUUUAUAAAAAUAAUCUGUUAAAUGAAUUAUGUAAAAUACCAUCACAUACUGACCAGUAAUUAUCAUUUCAUGAAGUUGAUUAAUUUCAUGAAAUGUACAUUUUGAAGCUAAACUUUGGGUUUUUUAAAAGAAAUUGUGGGAUAUAUGACAAUGUAAGAACACAAGUAUUGAGUAAUGUUGACAAAUUUAUGGAUUUCAUAGAUAUUUUUUUAAUUUGUUUUAUCACUGUUGUAUUGUGAAAUGAUUGCUUUAAUAUUUAUAGAUUGUAUGUAAUUAUUAUUCUAGGAUGUCUUUUGCAUCUUUGAUGGUAUGAUAUCGUUAUUUCUAAAUUGAAUUCAGUAAAUUAUCAUGUGUACCAAAAAUUUAUAUCAAAAAACAUGUAUAGAAUGGGUGCUAGUACCUUUUUAUAACUGUAAGAAAAUUAUAAUAUGGAAUUUUAAUAUUUAUAUAUUGCACAUAAGUUUAUGUCUAUCUUCAAGAAGAGCUUUUAAAGAGCUAGCAUUUGAUUAUUUCAGGAUUUUUUAAGUGUGUGAAAAGAGAAUUUACUUAGUGUAAUGUGGAAAGGCAAACUAUUACAUUACAAACUGUGUGGUAACUGUUAGUAGUUUUUGGCAAAACUUUUUGGUGGGGUAUUGUCACAAAAAAUGGUCAAAAGUUGAAAAACAAGUGUGUUUGAUAUUUUUUAAUUUAGGCUGGUUGAAUUUAGGAUUUAAACAUAAUUACUGAUUUAGCAAAAUACAUAAUAAGAUUGUACUUGAUACUGAAUUUGAGAAUUGGUCAAUUUGAAUUGUAGGUGAUAGUUAUUCUUGUACAAAAGUAAUGUUAAUAUACCAGUAUACUGGUUUAAGAUUCAACUCAUAUGACACUGUCAUGUUCAAAGUGAAAAACUAGUCAUACGAAUUUGUAAUUAUGCUCAUGUCAUAGCCACACUACAUGUUGACUGUAUUAUUGUUUCAGAAUUAAGGCUAUAUUGGAAUAGUAGGUUUGUUUUGUAGCAAUUUAGACUUUGUAACUGUUACAGUGCUCAUAUAUUUGAAUAUACUUGCCAGCCUUAAAUGCAUGUUGAUAAAACUAUGCACAAUAUACAAGAAAUUGUGUAUGAAUGAGCAGGUGGCUGAUGUUUGAACCACUGAUUGUGUUUUAUAUGUACAUAUACAUGUACGUGUUCAUUGUGUUGUUACAAGCCUACACUGUGGUUUCAUCAAUAUUCGUUGAAUACCAAUUUUCGUGGAUUUCGUUGUUAAGUUUAUCCAUGAAAUUAAAUGUUCAUUGAAGUGCUGUUUCUACUAUCAAUUUGUAUUAAAAGGAUCAUUGUCCAUGAAUUUACACAUCCUUGAAACCGUGAUUUUCACUUUAUCCACAUAAAUUGAUACUCUUGAGUAUUAUAAUGAAACCACAGUAUUUCAUACUCAUAAUCUCAGGGAUUUAGGGAUUUCUAAGCAUUAUGAUGCCAAUUCCUGGGCAUUUUUUAAGGAAUUGGCCGAUAUUGUGGUUUGAAUUUUUCUUCCAUCAUUUGAUAGUUGUUUACUUAUAGGUAAUGAGUAAUCUAAAGCAAAUGAAAUAAAAAUGUAUAUAUACUAUGGGAUCAAAUAUUUUAGGUAUAAAUGGAGCAAUGUUUUACACCAGUGCAUAUGGCAGAGGGUUGAAUACUUUAAUCAUUUUCAACAUUUGUUAUCAUAUAGGAAUAAUCAGAACUUAUUGGUACAGUAUUCAUGGAACCAUUAUCCAUGUUUAUUCCAUUUUCCUCACUUGAUAAAUACCCCAUUUUACAUUGUAUUUUACAAUAUUCAUUAUUUAAUUUAAAAGUAUUGAAUUUGUUUAUUAAAACAGAUUUUUUUAGUGUAAAUAGACCAAAGCUCACACAGCCUCAAUUGUAAAUGUGUUCUGAAAUAGUAAGACAACUUGCUAAGGUUGUUAUGCAAUGAACAGUCAGCAACAUAAAAAAGGACACUGACUGUAACUUGUCUAUGGACUUGUGUCAAAUUGUAGUUAUAUAUUUGACAAAGUCAUUUGAAAAUAUCUUGGGGGGUUAGCACACCUACUAUCGAUUUAAAUACUGAUAUUUUGUACAUGUAUUUUUCCUUUGCAAAUGACCAGGAUGGUUUAUAUUUAUGACUUUUGAAGUACAUGAAUCUGCUGACAUUUGGGACUGUUUUUUCUGUCCAAAAAUACACCGUCCCUGGUGACCACUGUCUUCAUGUUUGCAUAUCAUUGUAUACUAGUAUGUAAUUGAAAACUGGUGAGUAUGUGAAGUUCUCAUACAAGAACAUAUAAUCAGAACAGUAUUCUUAAGGGGGGGGGGCUAUAGGGACUACAUUGAUAAAUUUAUACAUUGCUGAAUUAAGUUAUGAAUAAUUUCAAGUCAUUAUUGUUAAAAUUUUAAGGUACAAUUUGUUGAUGUAUUACCUGUAUUAAGAAUA